UUCGUAGAAUAUUUCAUAGUGUCACUGUGUGUGUACGCACACACUCUCUCACUCUCUUUUUAGCAGUUCAACUAUUCAUUAGCAACAAAAAUUCAGCCAUGGCUGAGCAAGUCCAAGAAACAUCGCUACAAGUGGUGAACAAGAACACGAGAUUGGGAGAGACGGACGUCCAAGAUUGCAGUCUAUGGCAUCACUUGAUCUUCUGCCAAGAGCUCGAAAAUGAUGACCAGAAACAAGCUCUUUGCUGGCUGUGCAACAAACUAGUAUCGGGAAGUCCCGCUUACAAAUGCUUGAAAUGCAACUUCCGCCAACAUAAAUCAUGCAUUGACAAACCACACGGCGUAGAUCUUGAAAUCGAACAUAAAUAUUGGUGGAAACGACAUCACUUGAUGCUCAUAGUGAUAGACAUCACUAUUAACGUCGUUUGCUCGGGAUGCAAGGAACCAGUAUUCGGUCCCGCCUAUAAAUGCUCCAUACCCGAAUGCGCCUUCCUUCUCCACAAAUCGUGCGGCGAACUAUCCAACGCUAUCCAGCACCCUAUCCACCCAGAUCACGCACUUCUUCUCCAAGAGCCAUCAGCGGGUGAUGAUUGUUCUGUUUGCCACAAAAAUUGCGGCGGGUCCUUCUUUUACCGUUGCCGCCUCUGUUCUUUCAACCUCGACGUCAUAUGUGCUUCGCGCUGGAGAACCAACGCCGACGAUUGCCCCAAACACGCACUUGUCCCCUUGCGGAAGGGAAUACAGUUCACUUGCGAAUCUUGUGGCGAGAAAGCCUUGGAUGGCGGCUACAUGUGUAGCGAAUGUCGAGUCUUGAUUCAUGGUAAGUGUGAUCUCUUUCCACACACCAUUAACACUAAGACACAUGAUCACUCUCUUGUUCGUACCUAUUCUCUAAUUUGUCAAGUCGAGAAACAGGACAACGUGAUUUGUAAACUCUGUUAUAAAAAGGUGAAAACAGAGUAUGCAGCUUACUUUUGUCGGGAAUGUGGCUAUGUUGCCCACUUGCAAUGUGCAAAAGAGCACCAAAGCUCUAGUGGAGCCACUAAUUCCGUUGACUACUUAACUCAUUUGGUUCAUUUGGUUGAGGGAAUCAGUCUAGUGGAAGACCAAAAGGUUAGUCCUCAGGAGAUCAAUCAUUUCAGUCAUCCACAACAUAACUUAAUCCUCGGCAAUGAAGAGCUCAUGGACAACAUGCGUUGUGAGGCAUGCAUGCAUUUAAUCUUUGGCACCCCGUUUUACGUAUGUGUCCAUUGCAAUUUCUCUCUUCAUAAUAGAUGUGCUAAACUACCCUUAAAGAUUAAGCGAAGACUAUUUCAUGAACAUUCACUCACCCUCCUCUCUCAGGCACCAUACAAGGAUGGAUUGUUCUGGUGUGAUGCUUGUAAUCGCGGUCGCCAUGGCUUCACCUAUAUAUGUGACGAAUGUGAAUGGUACAACUUAGACAUUCAAUGUUGUUUAAUUCCGGAAACCCUUAAACAUGAAGAUUGCAAGUUCACCUUAUGUAUUAGAUGUGCAACUCUUCCACUUGUAGGUAAAUAUCAAUAUGAUACGCAUCUCCUAAAACUUUCUUAUAGACGUGAAGACGAUUCCGAAGAGUAUUAUUGUUUGAUUUGUGAAGAAGAAAGAGAUCAUCUAGAUUACUGGUUUUAUUACUGUGAUAAAUGUAAGUUCACUGCUCAUCCCCGAUGUAUCAUUGAAGAGAAUCCAUGCAUUAAGUUUGGAAGAACUUACAUAGAUAAAGAUCACCAACAUCCUCUCACUUAAAGUAUAUGGGACAAGGUUGGUACCUCUAACAGAUGAACACUUGGAGAGGGAGAUCACAACAUUAGGAAAAAGAGAUUCCAAAAUUGCGAAUUAUAUAGCUAGACCAGCUCCAGGAUAUGGUUUCUGUGAACGAUGAUCAGCUCAUGUAGCCUACAAAAUAUGAAUGUUAAUCUAAUUGCUUUGAGUUCUCCGGCACCUUAUUGUACUAAAAAAACACCAUCUUUCUUGGCAAAGGAGUUGGAAAAAAAUGUUUGUUAGUUCCUUAUCUUUUUGAAGGGUAGGUUAAGACUGAUUUAUAAGUUUCCUUCUCCAGAUAUUUGAACGUCUGCAGAUAUAUUGAUUUAACAGUUUGACGGCGUAUGUAAAAACCUAUGGUUCCUUAUAUUUUUGAAGGUGAAGCUAAGAUUGAUUGAUGA